AUCCUCCUCCUCGCCCCUGUUCCUCGCGUCUUCCCGUCGUCUCCGACUCGCUUCCAGUUCCCGAUUUGCCGAACGCCAGCGACGCCGUCGCAUGGAGAUCUCCUUCGAGGCGUGGGAGGGCGUGCAGCGGCACGGCCAGGACCUCGCGGACCGCCUCGCGCAGGGCUUCACGGGCCUGCUCCAGGCGCCGCCGCAGUUCCCGUGGCCGCCGGCGCCGCACAAGCGGAUGCCCUUCGACAUCGACCUCCCCGUCGUCCCCUUCGGCGCCGGCGUGCCGAAAAAGGACCUCCCCUUCCCGGCCGCCGCCGCCGCCGUCUCCUCGGUCAUCGACAUCGGAGGCAGGCUAGGCCAGGCCGGCGCCGAGCUUGGGGCGUCCGUAGGCGGGGCCGUGCAGCACGCCGUGCGCCAUCUGCCCGUGCCGUUCCGCAACGCCCAGAUCCGGCGCCGCACGCUACCGCCGGCGCCGCCUCAGGCGCCCCUGCCGCCCGCGACUUCGGUGGGCGAGGGCGCGGCAGGGCGCUCCGUCGAAAGGGCUGCUGUAGAUAGGUGCCCCCUCGAGGCGGCGGCCGCCGCCGCCGCUGCGGCCACUGGGAGCGCGGCUGCGUCGAGCGUCAGCGGCCAUGUUAGCGGGGACGAUUUGGACGAGGACGACGAAGGCUUCGGCUGCGGUAUUGGGACUCUUGGAAACUUUAAGAAGGCCAACGGUACUGUAAAUAUGUCGGCAACAUACAAUUCCAGGAGUCAAGACAUCGAGAGUUCUGUUGUUGCACAUGGAGACCUCUGGAGGCUAGAGGCAUCGCGUGGUGGAUCAACUUCUGGAAAUGGCACUUCGCCUCUGUACCUUGUUCAGUUGGGGCCUCUACUUUUUGUUCGAGACUCUACACUUCUGUUGCCUGUUCAUCUAUCAAAGCAACACCUGCUUUGGUACGGUUAUGAUCGCAAGAAUGGUGUCCAUUCACUCUGUCCAGCUAUAUGGUCAAAACAUAGGAGAUGGUUGAUGAUGUCAAUGAUGUGUCUCAAUCCAAUAGCUUGUUCGUUUAUGGAUUUGCAAUUCCCUAAUGGGCAACUAACAUAUGUUGCUGGUGAGGGGAUAUCAGCCAGUGGUUUUCUUCCGUUAUUUGGUGGGUUGCUUCAAGCUCAAGGAAAAUAUCCUGGAGAAACAAGAGUGAGCUUUUCUUGCAAGAAUAAGCGUGGCACAAGGUUUACUCCUAUGUUUCAAUGGCCUGACAAGUCUGUUUCGUUAGGAGUUACUCAAGCCUUGGCAUGGAAAAGAUCUGGUCUUAUGGUGAGACCCAGUAUACAAGUCAGUGUGUGCCCUACGUUUGGAGGAAGUGAUCCUGGGGUACGGGCAGAAGUUGUCCAUUCAUUGAAAGAGGAAUUGAAUCUGAUGUGUGGCCUCUCUUGCUCGCGGCAUCCAUCAGCUUAUACUGCUCUAUCUAUUGGACGAUCAAAGUGGAACGGUCAAGUGGGCAGUUCUGGAGUGGUAAUCACCUUGGAAACACCUCUUAAUAACAUUGGAAGGCCGUCGUUAUCUGUUCAACUGAAUGGUGGUUUUGAGUUGUGAUUCUUCAGACUCCAGCGCUGAAGCUGUACAUACCAGUGUGUAUAUAUUGCCAUCACCAAUGUUCGUGCUCCAUAGUUUGUGGAAGUGGGCUGCAGCCUGCCGGCUUGCAGGUCGUUUUUGUUACUGUAGUCUAUAGGUAGUCUCAACUCAGCAAAUCAGCUGCCAUGGUACCCAACCCAUGCGGGCACAGAAGUCAACUACUUUGUUGUUCAAUCAUUAUGACAAUCCUUAGGUCUUAUUUGGAUACUCUCGUAUUCACAUUAAUCUCACAUUUAUUGAAGUGAAAUUUAAAUUAAUUUACACUCCAA